AUACCGUUUUCUAACACACUUAGCCAAUCACAAACUAAUCAUCCAAAGCCUGGUAAUACAAACACGGUACACUGUAUAGCAGGUUGUUCGACAUUUCACGAACUUGGUUUAAAUGUAUAUCCCCGACAUCCGUAACAAGGUUCCCCCGGACCCUCGAACUGGGAUAUCCGGGGCUGGACAAUGGCAACAAAUACUCCCCAUCUCACAUCUUAUUCCUCAUACUUACAGCAAUACAUUCUCGAAUCCGCGCUAUCAUUACCGGUAUCUUCUUGCCUUGAUUAUUGAGACAAUCUCCACAGCCAUAUCCAGCGACACUACUGCCUCUUCUCCUACAAGCAGGCGCUCGCUAGGCAAGCGCGAUCUCAGCCCCAACGCCGUUACGAGCCUCGUAGCAAGCCUUUUGGUUACUGCCUUCGUCAUCUUUGCUGCAAUAUUCUGCUACGUUUACCGAAGAUCGAUCCGUUUCCGCAAGCAAGGGCGCAAGCGUCGCCGUCACCACCAUCAUCGAAGACGACCAUCCGGCGUCUCCAAGAUGUCUCAGGGGUCGGAUGCGGUGGCAGGCGGCGGCGGCGAUGGAGGCGCAGAGGAGGCACCGGCGCCAACGCCUGAUCCUCCAGCAGAGGCCUGAUUAUGGGGCUCUCACACCUCCGUCACCCUGAAACUUAAGGUUAGAGCUCUGGAAUUACGAAAAGUCUAAGACGAAUCAUACGAAUAUUAUGAGUGUUUAAGAAUUCAAAAGAAGCAUUGCGACGGAGUAUUCAUAGGUUCCAGCAGGAUUUGGCGUUUCAUCUUCCCAUUCAUAUCCACAGGCAUUGAUUCAUUGGUACAGGUUUCGGCUCUACGAGUUAUGAUGUUCGGUUUUCUUCAGUUCUUUGGCUGUCUCUUUGGCU